AUGGAUUUGUCAAGUGUGUCGGCUCGACCUCCUACUCUUGAUAGUGGUGGGAAGAACUACAACUUGUGGAAAACUAGGAUGAAAAUCUAUAUCAAAUCUAUUCAUGAACGUGCCUGGGUGGCUGUGUUGGAUGGAUGGACCCCACCGCGUACCACUGAUGAAAAUGGAGUUACUUCUCUCACACCCGAGAGUAAAUGGUCUGCUGAUGAAAGACUUAUUUCUAACCAUAACUCCAGAGCCUUGAAUGCUAUCUUUAUCUCUGUUGAUGUUCCUGCAUUUCGCAUGAUUUCUAAUUGCACGGAAGCUCGAGAUGCUUGGCUCAUUUUGCAGGAACAAUGUGAAGGUUCAGCUAGUGUUAGAGCAACAAAAAUGCGAAUGUUGACCACCAAAUUUGAGAUUUUGAGAAUGCGCGAUGAUGAGACUAUCUCUGCAUACUAUGAAAAACUUUGUGAAAUCUCAAAUGAAGCUGUUGGACUUGGAAAACCUAUUAGCAACGAAAGAUUGGUCAGUAAGUUACUGAGAUCUCUGCCUGAAAGGUAUAACAUGAAAAUCUCUUCAAUUGAAGAAACUGCUGAUGUUGCUAAUAUGCGUGUUGGUGAUCUGGUCAGUAAGUUGUUAACUUUUGAGAUGAAUCUCGAACAGCAGAAAGCUGGUCAUGUGUCCAAAAGUGUGGCUUUUCGUGUUGAAAAGAUUCCUGAAAACUCUGAAAUUUCUAACUUGUCUGAGUGUACAGAUGUUGAUCCCGAGGAGGAAGAUGAUGUUAAUCUUGCUAUGUUGGUUAAAAAUAUUAACAACAUGCUGAAAUCCUUUAAGAAAGGAAAAUCCAAAAAUGGUUUUAGGAAACCUUCUGGAUGUCUGCUGGAUCUUCAUCCAACAUCACCAAUGGGCUGUCAAGGGAUGGGUCACUAUGCAAAUGAGUGUCCCACAGUUGCAAGAAAAAGGCAUUCUGGUCUUACUGCAACUCUUAGUGAUGACUCAGAUUCUGAGGAGGAAAAAGUUCUCCUUAUGGCUACAGUUGAUGAAGAGGAUUUGCAGGAAGAAGACAUGAUUGGAGCUCUUGAAGAUCUUGAUGAUGAAAUGAUUUAUUCAGAUAGCUUUUCUGAAUCUGAAACUCUGAGUGUUGAUGACAAUAUUUCCAGAUCCGACUGUGAUGUUGAACUGAUUGAUGUGUCUGACAAUAUGAAUGUUGACGUUGAUGUUGCCAACACUGAUGUGAACAUCUCUUCUGAAAAUGAUCAGUUUGAUGUGAUUUUUAACAAUGAUGUUUUUGACAUGGAUACUGAUGUUCAGGAGCUUGAUGGGAUGAAGAUCCCCACUAACACAACAAACUGGUAUGAAAUGAAUAUUCUUGAUGAUUUCAACUCUAGUAUACCGGAUUUUUGUUGUGUUGCAGCCUUGGAAGAACAGGAGAGUGAUCCACUGAAAGAGAUGGAGAAUUUUAAAGAUCUCUAUGAGGUUGUUGAUUCUCAAUGUCGGGAGUUGAGAAAUGACAUAUGUAUGUUGGUUGAUGAAAACCAAAAUCUCAAAGAGCAAAUUACAAGGCUUGAAAGGAUGCUCUCACAACGUGAUGUUGAACUGGAAAUACUCCGAGGUAAAGUUUGUGAUUCUGAAAGGAUGUUUAAACGGUUCAACAAAGGGACCUCAUGUUUAAAUGAAGUUCUGUCUCAAGGUCAGCAUUGUAAUUUUGGUAUUGGUUUCUGUGCUGAGGAGCAAAGAAAGCAACAUCAUAAUUCUACUGUUUUUGUUAAAGAAAGAAAUGUCAGUGUGAAUGUUGACAACAUUAAGGAUCCUCAUAAGAAAAGCAAAAAGAAAAAAUCCUAUGUUUGUCAUUAUUGUUCUGCUCCUGGACAUGUCAAACCUCAUUGUGUCAAAUACAUUAGUGAUUGUGCUGUAAAAUCUGCAACACAGAUGUAUGACUGUUACCAGAAGAAUGUUAGUAACAUUGGCAGAUUUGACUUUAGCAGAUUGUUGGAUAAGAGAGAACAAAAUGAAACCUGUAAUACUGUUGUCUACACAUCCUUGAAUGCUAAUAUUUCUGAGAAUUGGUACUUUGAUAGUGGGUGUUCUAGACAUAUGACAGGAACAAAGGCUUUACUCUCUGAUUUUGUUCCAACAUCUGGAGGAAAAGUUACUUUUGGAGGAGGUGCGAAAGGAACAAUUCCGGGGAAAGGAGUUCUCAAUGUUACUGAUUUUCCUAAAUUAAAAGAUGUAGAUGAGGAGAUACAUGAAGUUUUCUUUAAUAACUUCUCACUGAUUCUUCAUAACCAUGAAGGUCCUUUUGGGAAGUAA